AUGCAGCAACUUUUCCAAGGCAUGCGCCUGCUUAGGCUGGGUUACAAUACUAGCGGGUAUGCUUCUACCACGCUUGCGACCAAAUCUUUAUUACAGUUCCUUAAAGAAAGAUCGCCACAGACUACAAUACGCAUCCAAUCCCAACUGUUUUCAAGCUCGCGUCUUCCAUCCUCAAACCCCCCAAAGAACGGGAAAGAGGCAAAACUAAACCCGGACAAAAUCAAAGGCCCUGGAGGUCUGACAUUGACGCAAAUUGGAAAGCUGGUUCAAGACAGUGCAGCCAGAGACCGAGCACAUCAAGCAUCAGAAAAGUCAUCUGGAGGAGCAGGAAGUCAAUCCUCGAAAAAAUAA